UCACGAAGCCAGCCACCGGAAGAGAUUGGCAAUGCUCGUCAUCAUCCCCGGCGACCCCUGCCCCUCACCAAUACCCCCAGGACCCCCUCUCACUGGCUGUGGGAUGACAGGGAUCGGCCCACACGACAUGCCCGGGAUGGGCUCGAGUGCGCAGUAGGUGGCGGUGUGUCUGAGGGGGAGGUGUGGGGGGUCCACUGAGUGCAGGUGGUUGAAGGCGACAAACACCAGAGCGGGAUCGUCUGCGUCCGCGAAGGCCGUGAGCUCUCCCUGAUGGAAGUGACACACACACACACACACACACAGAGGUGGCUGGAUGGAUGGCUGAAUGGAUGCAGUGGCUUACCCGGACAAGCUGUUCUGGUCUUGUGGGGUUCUGCAGGAUGACGGUCACGGGCUGCGGUGGGUGUCUGAAAGCCGCGUCGCUCUUGAUGUGGCCGAUCGCCCAUGCGUUGAGUAAGGUGGACAGCGGCAUACCUGCACACACACACACACGCUUUGUCUCUACGUCUGUCUCUCUCUGUGUGCUCAUCAGUCAGCGCACCUUCCAGCGUCCGUGCGGUCCAGCUGUUGAGCAACGUGGAACUUUCGACGAUCAUGUCCUCCUGUGUGUCGGCGACGAUUGUGGCGUCGACGGUGGCCUCCAGCACUCGGGAGAGGAUGCCAACUCGGUGCUCCAGGGACGCCUUCUCUCUCUUUCGCUCCGUCACAUCCUGCAAAAACACCAAGUGUCGUCAAACAGAGGGUGGAGGAGAAUUCACAAAUCGCAUACACGAGACGGUUCUUCAUCGCAUAGGUAAUGACCGAUGACCUUCUCUCUCUCUCUCCCUCUCUCUAGGUGGGGUCAUCGCAUCGGCUGCGCACCGCACCUGGAUGUAGCCGUAUAUGAUGGUCGACGUGGGCGAGGCCCGUCUGCCUCCCGCUUGGAAGAACCGAAUCUCGCCGUCAGACCUUUCGUAGCGGAUCUGACACAGGCACAGCCACAGCCACACCCACCCACACACUCGUCGUUGCUCCUGCCCUUCUCUGUUCGGUCGCGUACAUUCAUGUCGUAGGGCUCCCCCUGGUCGACGCACUUGACGAUCGCCCUUUCGAUUCUGCCGCGGUCGUUGGGGUGCACGUGCUGCGUCCAGAAGCCCCGCAGCCGCUCGUCCGUCAGGACUAUGUCGCCGGCAUUCUUGUCGUCGCCACCAGCACCGAUAGGCAGGCUGACAACCACACACACGACAUGGACAUCCAGCCACUCGCGCCUCGCUCGCUCGCUCGCUCGCUCGCUCCCUCUAUAUGUGGGCUCACGCACUCGAAGUCCAUCGGCAGAACGAUCCCCUCCAGUGUGGAAUCGUCCGUCGCGUUCUCGCCGCCAUGGUGAUCCCCCCCUCCCCCGGCAGACCGCACCGAGCGCUUCUCCUUCGACCCCGCACUCUUCGCCGACCCGCCGCCCAUCUCGCUAUCCACCUUUCCAUCAUCGACUAUCCCUUUCGGCUGCAGCGGCGCCGGGCUCGGCCGCGGCGGCGUCGGCUGAUCCGACGUGACCGUCGCCACCAUGGACGAGCCCGCCUUGGUGGUCGGCGUGCGCGUCGCCGGUGUGGCGUAGGAUGACGGUGCAGCAGGGUGGAUGGGCGGCUUUGACGCGUGGGCGCGGUAGAUGUGCAGCGCGCCGACAGAAAGGCCGACAUUGACGCUAGCAGGGGCUGAUGCCUCGCUGGGUGCGAGGGCGGGGGCGACGGGGCCGUCGAGAAGGCGCGCGUAGGGGACCCUGCCGGUGGGCUGUCUGGAUGCGCGGCCCGUGAGGCCCUCGAUGACGCGGGUCUGGUAGAAAUGGGUCUCCAUGGGGCCCGAGGCGUCCCACUCCCUGCAGGGCACACACACGGAUGGGCAUAGACAACAAGGGGCAUAUAUAAUGGGUUGAUUGGCUGCGUACCAGGCGGCGAUGUCGACCAUGAAGGCGAAGUUCUCGAGCAGUCGGCGGCGCUGGCCCUUCUCGCGGGCAACCUGCACACACGCAACACCCAUACAGACACGUGUGUGUGCGGGCGGGCAUUUGGCUUCUACCUAGUCGUCUGACCCGGUUAGUGUUGAAGACCGUGGAUCUGUAGAACAGCUCGAAGUGGCGGCUGGCGACCAGCAACAGCAGACCCACCACUAAACACACGCCAAGGACACAUACAGAGAGAGAGGGAGCCGUCCGAUUGAGACUGUCACACAGCCCCCACGCAGUGCAGCUGCUCACCGGGGUAGAACUGGAUGAAGACUUCAUCGCUCCAGAUGCCGUCGACAACGGCGUGGCUAAUGAGGUGCACGGCCACCAGCCCCAGCACAGCCAACGACUGGCACUUGAAGACCAGAAAGGCCAAAGUGAGGAGGCCCAAGUUGUCGAGCUCAGUCCUGACAACGACGCACACACACACACAGAGAGAGAGAGAGAGAGAGGGAGGGAGAGAGAGAGAGAGAGACGUGUGCGUGGUGAAUGUGUGUGUGGUGUGUCGACUUCAUUCCGUACUGACCCCGCGUAGUGCUCGGCCAUCUUUUCAGAAAUGAACUCCUCGCCGUUGCGCUCGAUCUCGUGCUCUUGGCCCUCGCCCUCGCCCAUCUCAAUCAUGUGCUCGUGGAGAGUAAUGGUCGCCAUGCAGGCGAUGAAGAAGCAGUACAACACCCACCACUCUGCGCGAUAAAACGGCUGUAGUGCAUUCUGAAGACACAGACAGAGAGAGACCCCAUCCAUCUAUCCAUCUAUCCAUCCAAUUGAGCCUACUUCGAGCAUGACCAGGAGCUUUCCCUGGUUGCGGACGUUGCUCCAGUCCUCCCCAUCGCCUCGGGUGAUGGCCAGACACAUGUACCACCGCACCAGCAUCUUGUGGAGCAGGG